CCGCAGGGACUCCCGCUGCGUGGUGCGCUUCUCUGACCGAGAACUCUGCUAAGUGCCCCUCGCGGGCAGGGAGGACACACGGACCAACCGGGGGAGCAGAGCCCCCGGGACGGGACAGCGCCGCCCGAGCGUCGGCAGCAUGGCAGAAGCUGAAGAUGAUUGUCACGCUGAUUUGGUAAGAACCGAUGACAGUGAAAGAUCUGGUGAAGCAAAUCUUCAGGCAGAGCUCCAGAUGUUCAGAGCUCAGUGGAUGUUUGAGCUUGCCCCAGGUGUGAGUUCUAGUGGGUUGGAACCUCUGCCAUGCAGGGCGUCGUCAAGAGAACCUGGACUAAAGUCUGUCGAUGCCAGGGGAAAACAGGAGAUAGCAAAAGAGGAAAAGGCAAAAGAACUUUUCCUGAAGGCAGUGGAAGAAGAACAAAAUGGGGCCCUUUAUGAAGCCAUCAAGUUUUAUCGUCUAGCCAUGCAGCUUGUACCUGAUAUAGAGUUUAAGAUCACCUAUACACGGUCUGCAGACGGUGAUGGAGUUGGAAAGAGGUGCGUUGAGGAUAGCAAAGAGGAUGACAAAAUGGCAGAUCUCCUGACGGAUUUCCAGCAGCAGUUAACUCUUCAGGAAUCUUCAGUCAAACUUUGUCAGCCUGAAGUUUAUGUCAGCCAGACACACAUCUCAGCGUUGCCUAUGGAAGUACUAAUGUACAUUUUCCGAUGGGUGGUUUCAAGUGACUUGGAUCUGAGAUCAUUGGAGCAAUUAUCUCUUGUUUGUCGAGGAUUUUACAUUUGUGCCAGAGAUCCUGAAAUCUGGCAUCAAGUCUGUUUGAAAAUAUGGGGCAGGAGCUGCAAUAAACUUGUUCCAUAUGCGUCUUGGAGGGACAUGUUUUUGGAAAGGCCUCGCGUUCGAUUUGAUGGUGUAUAUGUCAGCAAGACAAAAUACAUACGUCAAGGAGAACAGUCUCUUGAUGGUUUCUAUAGAGCAUGGCACCAAGUGGAAUAUUACAGGUAUUUGAGAUUCUUUCCAGAUGGUCAAGUUAUGAUGCUGACAACUCCUGAAGAUCCUCAAUCUAUAGUUCCUCGCUUACGGACUAAAAACACAAGAACGGAUGCAAUCUUGCUUGGCCAUUAUCGCCUUUCCCAGGAAACAGACAAUCAAACCAAAGUAUUUGCUGUAAUAAUGAAGAAAAAGGAAGAGAAACCAGUUGAUUACCACAAAUACAGGUAUUUCCGCCGAGUUCCUGCUCAAGAAACGGAUCACAGUUUCCAUGUAGGACUACAGUUGUGCUCCAGUGGGCGCCAGAGGUUCAACAAACUUGUGUGGAUACAUCAUUCUUGUCACAUCACUUGCAGAUCGACUGGUGAGACAGCUGUUACUACUUUCGACAUUGACAAAAUGUACACCCCUUUGUUCUUUGCACGAGUGAAGAGUUUUACUGCAUAUUCAGAAAAGCCGCUCUAAGAAACACCUUCUCCUCUCACAACUUUUGCAUGAGUAAAAGGUUGUAGCUAAUAAGCACUUAAGUUAUAAAUGUGUAUAUAUUUGGAGCAUUUUAAAUUUCUGGGAAAUGUCUUGAAGGCAGUAUGUUCUAUUUGAUUGUGAAUUGCUGGGAUUUUGUUUUGAGAUUUUGUUUUGAUUUUUGUUUUGAGAAGUUUAUGAGUGUUAAACACCUUUUAUCUGUGCUAAGAAUUUGAUAAACAAAGUUUUGUUGUGUUGGGUUUUUUUAAAAAAAUAUUUUUAAAUCAGUUUGCUUAAAAUGUCUCUUCAUCUGCCUAGACACCAGUUCGUUCAAAAGGAAUCAAAAGGAAAUCUCACUGUCCAUGGGACAGUGUGUAUGGUCUCUCCUGAAGACUUGAAAUGUGAAAAGGGAGAAAGUUGUCAUCUGUGACUUAAAAGAACUUCAAAUAAAUGUUUUCUUUAAAUUAAA